GGAAGCAGAGGACCCGGCUUGGCUGGGGGGCAGUGGGCAGGAGGCCCUGGGGUGGCCCAACCAGCCCUGGAUGCUGCCUCCCGGCUCUGUGCAGGGUACUUGCCGGCCCACACCCCUCUCUUGGGCCAAUCACAGAAAGAACAGGGCAGAAGCCAAGAGAGAAAAAGGAGGGGGGCUGGGCAUAUCUGGUCAGAGGAGGGGAGGGACCCUACCAGCCUGGGGCCUGUAAGUAAUACAGAUAACAACAUCUCUACACUGGGGCCAGCAGCCCCGAUCCCUGAAGGGCUGGGUAGACUCAACAUCCCAAGAGACGAACACAUGAGCUCCGGCUCCUGUAGAAAGACAACGGGGACGGGGAGAGGCUGGGACACGCUGGGACACGCCGGGCCCAGCUUCACCAAGCCCAGUCCUGCCAAUGACAAUGGAAUAGCAUCGAAUGGUCUGGAGCCAGCCCAGCCGGAUACGAAAGGCAAGAGGAUUCACCACAGCCUCGCGGAGAACGCUGGGAUCUCCGAGCGGCCCUGUCCCCAUGGACUCUGCCCCACCGAGGCCAGCCAGGAACUCACACCAGGAAUAUUGUCUUCAAGGUUACUGUCUUCAAGAGGCUGCCACAGAGCUGGCGAGCGGGGGAUGGCCAAACCAGCCCCACCCAGACGAGGGCCACCCGCCGCCCCUUGAGGCUGUCCCCGUCCCCUGGAAGAGCGUGGGCCCCUGCAAAAGCCACAGGACGGAGUCCCCAAGAGGCCUGGCGGAGACCCCUGGAGGGGAGGAGGCCCAAGGUGAGGAGGGCCCUGCGGCCGCCCCGCUGGACGUGCUCCGCCUGCGAAGCUCUUCCAUGGAGAUCCGCGAGAAGGGCUCAGAGUUCCUGAAGGAGGAGCUUCACAAAGCCCAGAAGGAGCUGAAGCUGAAGGACGAGGAGUGUGAGCGGCUGUCCAGGGUGCGGGAACAGCUGGAAAGGGAGCUGGAGGAGCUGACAGCCAGCCUGUUCGAGGAAGCCCACAAGAUGGUGCGAGCAGCCAACACGAAGCAGGCAGCAUCGGAAAAGCAGCUGAAGGAGGCGCGGGGCAAGAUCGACAUGCUGCAGGCAGAGGUGACAGCCUUGAAGACACUGGUCCUCACGUCCACACCGGCCUCUCCCAACCGCGAGCUCCACCCACAGCUGCUGAGCCCCACCAAGGCCGGGCCCCGCAAGGGCCACUUGCGCCAUAAGAGCACCAGCAGCACCCUCUGCCCCGCCGUGUGCCCCGCUGCCGGACAUACCCUCACCCCGGACAAGGAGGGCAAAGAGCCCGGGCUGGCCCCCCUCCUCUCCCUGCUCCUCUGCGUGGUCCCCAGCAAGGCUGUUCACCUCACCUACGAGCCGGCUUGGCAGCUCCUACCUGGGGAGCCGCCCACGGCCCCCACCUCCACCUCCGCUACCUCUCUCUCCUUUUCCCGACAGGUGGACACGACUCUGUUCGCAGAGUUCCAGGCCUGGAGGGAAUCCCCCACCCUGGACAAGACCUGCCCCUUCCUUGAAAGGGUGUACCGGGAGGACGUGGGCCCCUGCCUGGACUUCACCAUGCAGGAGCUCUCGGCGCUGGUACGGGCCGCCGUGGAGGACAACACGCUCACCAUCGAGCCCGUGGCUUCGCAGACACCGCCCACCGCGAAGGUGGCCACGGUGGAGUGUGGCAGCACCAAUACCUGUGCCCUGAGCGGGCUGGCUCGUGCCUGUCGCCACCGAAUCCGGCUUGGGGACUCAGAGAAUCACUACUACAUCUCACCUUCCUCCCGGGCCAGGAUCACCGCAGUGUGCAACUUCCUCACCUACAUCCGCUACAUCCAGCAAGGCCUGGUGCGGCAGGAAGCGGAGCCAAUGUUCUGGGAGAUCACGAGGCUGCGGAAGGAGAUGUCGCUGGCCAAGCUCGGCUUCUUUCCCCAGGAGGCCUAGGGCAUGGCCGGAGCCUGGAGGGGGGCUCUGAGCCACAGCCAAUACCUGCCCCGGCACAGACAGACAGGAAGACAGGGUCCUGGCGCCAGCCCUGAGCCAGAAGCCGAGCAGAUGGACAGAUGGCCAGGCCAUGGAGGCCUUGCUGAGCCGGUACCAAAUCUUCAUCCCGGGAAGGACAGGACCUCAUGAGCUGACCCUUCGCCCUUCCCCAGUGGCCCUACAGCCACCAGGAGACUUUCAAGAAAGCACCAAAGACCAAGGAGCUUGGACCCGCACUCAGGGGCUCAGCACCCCCUUUGCAGUCCUGGGAGCUGCUGCUUGCAGUCACCUUGUUGCUGUGAUGUCCUCAGAAAGGGCUCACACUGGGUGGCCUGACCUCCAGGGUAUCUCCCACCUCAGCUCCCAAGCCCUGGGCCACCAGCACCCCCGUGUGGCCAUCCCUCCCCCAUUGCCGUGGGGGCAGUGCAGCCACAAGGGGCUGUCAAGGACUUGCACACCAUCUGCUUGAGAACUACCCCAAACUGUUCUUAAGAUGGAUCAGGGCCCCUCCUCCCACCCUCGCACUUGACCUUCCCCCCCUCCUCCAUCUGAGCCUUGUGCUCCUGGAGGCCCUGCCCCCACCACUGGAAGGAUUAGGAUACUUUGCUCCCGAAGUAAAAUACAGACAGGGCCUCAGGACACCGUGUCUGUGUUCAGCUGUGGGUGGCCGUUCAGACAGUGGGGGCUGAGGUCGCCAAGCCCUGUACACAGGACCGGGGGAGGGUGGGCAGGACGCAGGCCCCUCCUCGCCCCUCACAGCCCACUCAGGACCGGGGUCCAACCUGGACACAUCCCUCACGGUGGCCGAUUUCCUCCUUUGAAUGGAAUGUAACACGAUCUCUAUUUAAUAAAGGAAGGCUUUGUUGGUA